AUGCUGCGAUGCUUGGCUGUCCUGCGCGACAAGGCUAACACCCGAGCGGGUGGUGCGGGGUACCGUCCACGUUUUCGUCCGCGACGUCUAGUGAUGCCGGUGAACCCAAGCGAUGUGCACAGCUCGUUGCGUUCCACCAAUCCCGCAUAUGAGAAGUACAAGGACCAGCGACGCCUACGAAAGGUGGUGGAGCGGCGCGGAUCCAUUGUACUCGCGACUGUGCCUGCAGAACGCAGUGUGGGGGAUGCCUUUCGUCUCAUGCUUGAAGUAUGUGAGAAGGAUGGGCUGUUUUCGGAGUCCGUGUCUCUAACACCGAAGUAUCUGCGGCCUUUGGAGGAGCUGCUAAAAGGGGCAAAGGUGUCACCGGCAUCAUCGUCCUCCACAGCGUCAGGGAUGGGAGGUCCACAGGAAACAGAGGGUUGUGAACAGGGCUCUCCUUUUUGCGUCAUUGGUCUUUCGGCGGCGCGGGAGAUGUCACGAUGUGGCGAGCAGACCACUGGAGCCUGUGGAGGACUAACAGUGCGGGACAUCGACACCGUUUGGCGCAUGCUAGACCACACCCCACUAGAUUCUCCUGUUCACGGCCUUCUUGCAAAUCGGGGGAAGGCUCUUGUUGAAACCUGCAUUGCGAGUAUGGCUCAAGAGGCGUUUCCUCGGCUUCGCUCAAAACAUCUUCAGGCUCUCCUUCACGAGUGCUGUGGGCUUUUGGCGUGUGGACGUGUGGCGCUUCGUCUGGGGUUUGCAGACACGUGUAAUGUGAGUGGAGAAAUAAGUAUGUGGCGAGAGCUGAAUGUACUGACGGAGCGCUUUAACAUUGCGCGUCGCAAGGCAGCAGCGCAUUUGCAGCGCAUUGAGAAGGGCGUGCCACAGCAGCGACGAUGGUAUUGGAAGGGGGUUCUUCGAUCCGCCUCUGGACGUCUUAAACUCUUUCCUGUACACCAGGAGGAUUUGCUGCCACGCAUGGAAUGGAUUCGAGGCUCCAUAUUUGCCUUUAUUGCAUUUAUUGAAAUGGCUGAACAGUCGGGUGACAGCGUUCGACUGCAGCCACUGAUUAAAAAGUUGUUUUGUAGCCAAUUGGGAUCCUUCCUGCAUGUCUCUCAGGUACUAGACACCGCCCAACGAACGGCGGAGGCGCUUCUGCAGCCAACAACAACUGAAGGGGAGGUGUACCCGUCUACACCGGAUUCUACGGAGGUAUGUGAGCGGCAGAUAUUGGCAACACGUAUCAAGCAGGAACUGGAAAAGCUUCGACAUAUGACGGAGGAUGAACUGGAGGUGCUAUCUGAACAAACCCAUCCGCUAAAUACCCGUGCGGAUGCUCGCCGGGAUCAGUUUGCAUCGAGCGGUGGGGCACAUGCGACACAGAGUCUUCGCGACGACAUCUUUGAUGAUUACCGCAUCACGCGACACCACAAGAUGGCACCACCGGCAGUGUUACAUUGCAUACGCCCACAAAAUGCUCUUAAGGAGGCCCAAAUUAUUCUUCGUUACGAUCCAAAUGUGCCAAAGGCGUUGUCUUCGGCGCCGAUCGACGUGGAUCAGGUGGUUCGAAGCGUCACAGAGGUGCAUGAAACCAAUCCAUAUGCCUCACUGUACGCCCAUCAGCAGUUUAGACAGGUGGAGUAUACGGUGUGCCGCUUGUACGCGGGAAGGCGGUGCAUUGGCCAGGGCAAAGGCGAGUCUCUCAUGGAGGCCAUGAAUGAGGCGGCGCAGCACACGUUACUGAACUAUUACCUUAAAAAGUGUCCCAGCACCAUCGCUGCAGCACAAUCGACUCCUGCGCCCGAGGGACGACCGUCUGUGGAUGCGGAACACGCAGGAUUGUCGGGGAUUCGUGUAAACAAGUCCUUUGAUGAAGAAAUAUUUUUCUGA